GCUUUACUUUUUGCCCUUACAGGUGUUGUUGUUUGGUUAGUUUGGGUAUUCUCACGUUUUAGCUAUAACUGGUAGAGAGCGAUAGAUGCAAGAUAGACGAUGGUCGGUCUUCCGGCUUUUACUCUCCAAAUCUGUACUUCAUUUGUUGAAUUCAUGCACUGUUCUUACGGCUGUGGGGGUCUUCAAAAGAGAUGGAAGAUUUGUUAUUGGUUCACCUCAUUCGUGUCUUGAUUACGGCUACAACGAAAGAGAACGUGUCAUAAGAGUUGUGAAAGUUCCUCCUUGUCAUGAAGGAAAGCGUUGGGAGUCGAAUGGUUCGUCUCUACGUGAUUCUCAAGGGAAAGAAAUCAAUUAUGCAGCCUGCUAUUUGCUCAAGGCAAAGGAAUCAUUUAUGUAGUCUCUUCGUGGAAAUGUUACUCAUUGGCAAGCACGAGACUACACAAGUAAAUUGCUGGUGGCUAGCCAUGGUUGUCCUAUUUGACUGAAGUUGAUUCAAGGUUGACCUUUCUAAACAAAGAUGGCAUUGUGGAUCAAAGGAAAAUACAAUAUCAAAAUCUACUCCAUGGACGACGGGCACCAAAAUUUUUGCAUUGGCCCUCCACCAUGUUCAACGGUUUACCACAUCAAAAGGAUGGGAUUGAAUUUAAGAUAGGUUAUCCUGCUUCCAAUUACGUGAACCUAAAAAGUAUUGAGAUGCCUUAAGAAUAGCAUUGUCUGACUUCUGGUGGAAGCAUAUCCAAUUAGCAAGGGAGAUUUAUAGUAAAUCUGUGAUCACAAAUCCCUUCACUCAGUUAAGGUCACUAACACCAGCACCUAGGCAUGAAUUGUGUAAUUUCCUUGUAUAUGAAACUAAACAUCUCAUUGAUGAGUCCACACUAUUGAUGCGGGAAAUUCAUGGAAAAUCAUAGACCUGAGGCACUUUCCAGAAUUUUGCUGCAUUUCAGUUACAUGGAAUGUUGAAACGGAUUGCUUUCAAAAAUUAAAGACCUUUCACUUGGGAGUUUCAUAUUCAUACGACAUAUAAUGUAAGAGUGAACUAUAACAGGUAAGCCAAACUGUUUGGGCGAGUGUCAAUCAAUUCCUGAAACACUUACAUAGCAAGUACAUUUGGAUUUAUGGUAGUAGGAUCAAUGCCAACCGAAAGCAAAGCUCUAUCCCUCUGAAAUGAAUGAAAGAUUUAGGCUACCCUGGAUUUUGGGCGGAAACAAAAGCAACAGCAAGGAAAAUGGCAUAUGCAUAUAAAACAAAACUGAACGUGUGCAAUGAACUAGCAAAACCAGCAAUGAAAUGGCAUCUGCAAAACGUGUACAUGUGGCUACUGGAGUAUUUUGCUAUUCGAGACUUCAUCAUUCGCAACUCAAACAUCUUCCACCUUGGCAGUAAAUUUAAGCAGAAGAAAUGUGCAGAAUUCGAAAACUGAACGAACUCUCUUCGAAAUCAUGUCCAACAUUUAUCCAACCUCGUUAUGAACACUUUCCCUCGAGCAAUUAAUCCAAUGAGCAUGCGGAAACGUGCGAAGCACGCGCAUUAGACUAGUAUUAA